AUGGAUGCGGUCGCCAGCCUACGGGCCGAAAAUGAAGACCUUCGGCAGCAGGUGGCAGCCUUGCGGGAGAGGCUGAAACAGCGGGAAGCCCAGCCGACCGUGCCCGAAACUGUGGGCUGGUCGUGCGGUCAUUGUCUCAAUCCACAGCAGGUGCAGCGCUACAGCAGGCAUCUGAUCCUCCCAAAUAUUGGUGUUCAAGGCCAGUCCCGUUUGUGCGAGGCUUCUGUGCUUGUGGUUGGUGCCGGGGGCCUUGGGUCGUCUGCGGCGCUGUACCUGGCGUGUGCGGGGGUGGGGCGCCUGGGAAUUGUGGACAAAGACGUCGUGCAGUUGGACAACCUUCAUCGACAGAUCAUUCACAGGGAGUCCACUGUGGGCAUCCACAAAGCUGUGUCUGCUGCCAUGGCCUGCAGAGAGAGGAACUCUUCCAUCCAGGUCGAUGUUCACACAGAGGGGCUCACACCAGCAACUGCACUACCUCUGGUGCAGAACUAUGAUGUGGUGGUUGAUGCAUCUGACAAUGUGCCAACAAGAUACCUAGUAAGUGAUGCUUGUGUCAUCACAAAGACACCAUUGGUAUCAGGCGCUGCCAUUGGAACAGAGGGCCAGCUGACAGUGUAUGCCUAUGGCAUGGAUGGCCCAUGUUAUCGGUGCUUGUUCCCAAAGGCACCAGCCCCAGGACACUGUACCCGUUGUUCAGACAAUGGGGUACUUGGGCCAGUGCCAGGCGUAAUUGGCGUCCUUGAAGCGAUGGAGACAGUCAAGAUAAUUGCACAGGUUGGAGAUGUGCUGAGCCGGAGGCUCCUCAUCAUGGAUUUUCUGUGCGCCCGCUUUCACACAGUGAAGCUAAGGGCAAAGGUGCCCACUUGCGAGGCCUGUGGGGAUUCCCCAUCGGUCACACUUUCAACCCUGGAGCGAUACGAUUACAGUGCAUUCACUGGUCAGACGUUUGAUGACAGUCCGAUCGUGUGCUCGACAAGCUUGCCAGCAAGUGCCAGACUUCCACCCGUCGAGGUGAACGAAGUGAUCAAUCGCAGCAGGGAGGAAGGCCAGGAACUGCUUCUCGUGGACGUUCGCCCUCAGGGGGAGUUUGACAUUGGCCAUCUUAACGGAGCCCUCAACUUCCCAUAUGACCAACUAGAUGCUGACUUCCCCAACUUGCUGAGCAAGUGCUGCACUGGUGUAGCAUCUCUGGGAACAGUGGAUGGGGGUGCGAUAGACGCGAGUGAUCGACAGUCCGAUGGAGGCGGGGUUGUGGUCGUGUGCCGAAGGGGCAACGACUCCCAGCUGGUAGUCCAGAAACUUAGGAGUGCGGGGAUCUCAGCAAGAGACAUGGUUGGGGGUCUCGCAGGCUGGGCUGAAGUUGAUCCAACAUUUCCUCAGUAUUGA